AUCAAGAAGAGGGAGCGAAGAAAUCAGUUCGUUUCACGCCAGCUCAGAAUAAAGGUGUUGUUGUUGGACGAGCGGGACUUCAACACUGUGCGUUACCAAAAUGACCAUACCAACUACUGACGAUUUAUAUUCCUGUUAUGAGAAACUUUCUGAUGCCUCCACGGAUUUAAAAGAGAAAGAGGCUGCCUACAAAGUUAUUCUUGAGGGUGUCAAGGGAGAAGAAAAUGUGAAAAGAUUGUCUAGUCAGUUUAUAGCACGAUUUAGCAAACUUUUCGAAAGUCUUUUGGAGGAUAGUUUCAACUGCUUCUUAGACUUGUGUGACGAUGAGGAUGUCAAUGUUCGCAGCCAGGUGGUUCAUGACUUGCUACAAUUCUGCAAACAUGCACGUGUAUUCGUCCCCCGUGUUGCCGAUGUUUUGGUUCAGAUGUACCAAACAGAUGAUAAGAAGGAGCUGAAUGUUAUUUCCUUAGCAUUGUCGCAAUUGCUUCAUUCCGAACCGAAAGCAACUUUGCUUGGAAUAUUCAGCCAACUUCUGUCAAUGAAUGCAGAAAAUUCCAGAGAAAACACCCUCAAGUUUCUGUCCGAACGCCUAAAAACUUUGCCAGAGGAUGUGUUAACGAGUGAUCUGGAGUCAUUUUUAGUUGAGCAAAUUAACCGAGUAUUACACGAUGUAUCUGAGGAGGAAUUUCCUAUGCUUAUUUCUAUAUUGGCAUCCCUAAAAUGCAUGUCUACACUUAUUGGUAGACAAAAGCUAGUCGGUAUGAUCACUCAACAAGCUCUUCAAGCUGUCCCUGUGUUUAAUGCUCGUGAUCGUGCUUGUGUAGCUCAAAUUCGCGAAAGUUGUAAACAGGCAGCCUUAUGUGUAUCCAAAAACGUCAAUGCUCAUGACUUGUAUAUAUAUUUGUUAGAGAAAUUCCUUCCACAAUUUGGAGAUUUUUCUGAAGAUACUUUUGAUGAACGACUCAGCUUACUUCAGUUGACUGCUGAGUUGCUAUCUUUUCCAAGCCCAGCACUCAAUUCUGUGAAGCAGGAAAACCUAGUGAAAUAUUUAGACUCUGUCUUCAGCAUACUUUUGAUGUUUCUACCUACCAUCCCCUCAGAAGAUACAGAUAAAAGUGCACAAAAAGUGACAGAUGACAAACCAACCCUUAACCAUAUGGGGUUAAAGUUUUCGGAGUUGGAAGCAGUAUUAUUUCUAUGCUGUCAACUUGGGUGUUACUUUCCGGAAUAUUUCGGAGGGAAAUCAGGCGAUAAGGAACCAGAAUCAUCUCUUGUCCAAAGUGGUACUGACAGACUGCGUACUAUUAGACCUCGCCUUCAGUAUCUGAGUCAGUUAGCACAAGACUACUCUUCCACAAUAGCUAGCCAAUUGGAUAAAGAUCCUCAAUCAGAGGAGAGUAAACUUCGCGUCAUGGCUCAUAGGCUUAUGAUGAACAUUCAACGGAUGGUACGAUGCUUUUUCCACAAUCCACCAGUGUUUAAAAAUACAAAUAUACCCUUAUCAUGGGUUCAGUCAUCUACCAACCCUCUUCCUGGUACUAAACGUCCUCUUGAUACAGAACAAAAUAAUCACAAUUCUACAGGCACUCGACAGGCACGUGCUGACAGGCCAUUAUAUACACCACCAGUUGGCCAGUGGUCUCGUGUAGAAAGUAAUGGUUCUAAUAGAGGCAGAAGACAAUUCAAUCGUGGUGGACGUGGACGUGGACGGCGUUUCUAAAUGCAUACUUGUCAUUUUCUGUAGUUGUUUCUUUUUCUCCUUUUCGGCUCCUAGUUCUCAUUGUAUAAUAUUCUCAUGGUAUUUCUUUUCAAUAUCUUCUCAAUUCACUGCAAUCACAUAUAUGGCUUGCAUUUUACGUUUACAUGUAUAUUAUUAAAUAAUAUUUUACAAAGUGGGGAUUCUGUUCG